AUGCCCGCAGGCCAUCCACGCCUGUUGCGCUCUUCAGGCCAACGCCACCGACACCCCCUCAUCCGCAAACCGCUUCGCCGCCCUGAGCAGAUAGCUCACGGCAUAAAGAAUGGGGUCGUCGGCCUCAUCGCCAUUGAGAUGCUCCACCACCUCAAUGGCAUAGCCCAGGUUCACCGCCGUGUCGUGCAGCAGUCCCACCAGUUCCCUGUCUUCCGGCUCCAGCGACUGCGCCUGGUCGGCCUUCACGUAGUAGAUGCGCAGCAGAUCGCGGCACACGCAAUUGAUAGCCGUGAUGUUGUGGCGAGCGUGCAGGUCCAGCACAUCCAGCGCGGCGCCCAUGUGCAGGACGGCGUCUAUGGCGAGGUCUUCGAGUUUGGCCUGUUGCGUGAGCUACGCAAUGAGCGUGCACUGUCCCAGGAAGCCCUUGCCGCGGAAGCCGGGCUGGCGCGCAACUACAUCAGCCAGUUGGAGCUUGGUAGCAAAUGUCCGAGCCUUCGGUCUGUUUUCAAGCUAUGCAAGGUGUUGGGGGUUGCGCCGGGGGAUGUGGUGGGUGAGGUUGGUAGACGAGUAGAAAGAAGUGAAAGCGGUAUCUAG